AUGGAAUGUGAGUACAUGAAGAGGUGGUUUGGAUCUCUGACGGAGCAGAACCGUAGGCUUCAACGAGAAGUUGAGGAACUUAGGGCUAUGAAAGUGGGCCCACUCACUGUAGUAUCCCCUCACAGUUCCGAACCACUUCCAGCUUCAACGUUAUCCAUGUGUCCCCGAUGUGAACGUGUUACCACCAACGUCGCCGCCGCCGCUAUCGCCGUCGACAAAAAUGUUGCCGCUGCCGUCACUUUGUCUCCUAAAGUGUCAACACUUUCUACCCAAUCGCGUCAAAAAUGA